AUGAAGAUCUUUGAAUCACAUCAUUUAUUCAACUAUCCAUGGGAGCAAGUCUCUGCAGCUAAUUGGAAAAAAUACCCGAACGAAAUGUCAACCCAAGUGGUGGGAGUCGAUAUUCUACGCCGCGAGGUUGAUCCCGUUAGUAAGAUUCUCCGGACCGAGCGGUUGAUCACUUGUGAACAAUCUAUCCCUAACUGGUUGUCAUUUAUUGUCGGGGGCCUCAAACGGUCGUAUGUCCGGGAAGUGUCGGAGGUUGAUCCUAUAAAUAAGUCCGUGGUGAUGCGCUCGAUGAACUUGACGAUGAACAGUUUAUUGCAAGUGUACGAAGUGGUGACUUAUACUCCGGACCCUCUGGCCCCAACCGCCCGUACUAAGUUCACCCAAGAGGCGCAAAUCACCGCGUAUGCCAGUAUUAAGAAGCUUUGCAACAAGGUUGAAGAAUGGGGUAUUGACCGGUUCGAUUUCAAUGCUAAAAGAGGGAAGAUUGGGUUCGAGAGCGUGUUGAAGAACGUUAGUGAGAAUUGGGAAUCAGUUAAAGGAGCUGUAAUGGAGGAAAUUGAGGUUAAAGUAGGCGUUUUAGAUGAAGUUACCGAGAAGGUUAGACACGGGGUCUUCAAGUUUGAUUGA